AUGAUAAAAAAAUAAGAAUAAGAAUAACUAGGUAUAAUGAAUGGGACUAAGCCUUGCGAUGCAUAAGAUAUUGUAAAUUAAAUUUAAUAAUCUUCUAUUAAUACUGUGAAUCAAAUCUACUCACUUAUUCUCACAGGAGCUAUAAUGCUGAUUUCACCACCUAAAUUCCUUCUUGUAGUUAUAUUGCUGUUUCUCACAGUAAUAAAAAUAUUUGAGAAUAGACAGAAGGUUUCCGUUUGA